AUGGACCGCACGCAGAAUGACAGUAGCGUUGAGCGUCCUGCAACCAACUGGAAGCCAUUCGUAGUUGGUGGAGUCUCAGGACUCGUCGCGACUACAUGCAUCCACCCCAUCGACGUGGUCAAGGUCCGCCUUCAACUUGCUGGCCAAGGGGCCCGGACCAGCUCACAGCUUGGUGCUUUCGAAACUGUCAGGGGAAUCGUUUCCCAGGGUAGGGUCUGGGACUUGUACCAAGGAAUUUCGGCGGGCUAUCUCCGUCAAAUUGUCUACGGAACCGCACGACUAGGUCUGUUUUACACAUUUGAGGAUUCUUUCAAGACGAGGGCGAGGCAGCAGAACAGAGACAUCACGUUCCUAGAGAGAGGAGCCGCGGGAGUCCUUGCCGGCGGGCUGGGUUCAAUGAUUGGCACUCCUACAGAGGUUGCCCUUGUUCGGAUGCAAAGUGAUGGCGCCAAACCGCCAGCAGAGCGGGCAAACUACCGCUCGGUCUUUGAUGCCCUUGGGAGGAUCAUCCGGACUGAAGGCAUCAAGGGACUCUGGAGCGGCACAUCUCCGACUGUUAUCCGCGCAUGCUCCACGAACUUCGGGCAGCUAACCUUUUUCUCAGAGUCCAAGCACCAGCUGGCCGUAAAUACCAAUCUCUCACCCUACAUGCAGUCCCUCGUGGCUUCAGCUAUUGCGGGAUUCUCAGCGACGGUAUUGAGUCUGCCGUUUGAUUUCGUCAAGACCAGGAUGCAAUGGCAAAGCAGUCAGGCAGGCGAUGGCGUGGCUUACAGGGGCUUUCUAGACUGCAUUAUCAAGGUGGCUAAGACGGAGGGAUUGAGCGCGUUUGGGCGCGGCUUUGUGCCCUACUUCUUUCGCGUUGCUCCCCAUGCUAUGAUUAUGCUUACGGUUUCAGAUUUCAUAACGAGAUCUUGGACUGGAUAG